GCAUUUUUUGCCGUCUCGCUUUUGUAGCCCAGCACUGCAAACCACGGAGCGCAAAUCCGCGAUUGAGCACUGCUCUAUAUAUACUUAAUCGCUAGCCGAGCUUUGACGCUGAACCACGUCGCCCGGACAUAACAACACAUAGCCAGCUCGCAGCCAGUGAUAAAAAUGGCCGAGCUAGCAUUCCCGAAGCGCCUCGCCGGCAAAAAGGUUGCUAUCUUCAUCGAUUAUCAAUUCGAAGAUUUGGAGGUGACAUUUCCCAUGUUAAGAUCUGUGCAUAAAUCAAAUUCUCGUGGUGCGUCUCCACUCACUGGUUGCUUUGCGCACAGGUUACGACUGCAGGAGGAGGGCGCCGAGGUCAUUGUCGUCGGCGCCCACCCGGCCGGGCAAAAGUACACCGGGAAAUACGGCUACCCCGUCAAGUCCCACGUGAAUAUAGAGGAAUUUUCGAGCCUGACCGUCGAUGGACUGGUGCUCCCAGGAGGCUUCGCCCCGGACUACAUGCGACGCAAUAAGCACAUGCUCGAGGCGAUCACGACGUCGAUAGAACUCGGCAAGCCCUGCGCGGCCAUCUGCCACGGGCCCUGGAUGUUCUGCUCGGCGCGGUUUCCGAACGGCCAGCCCGUGUGCCACCAGAGGCAGUGCACUUCAUUUGUUGCCAUCAAGGACGACUUGGUGAAUGCGGGCGCUCAAUUCGUGGACGCGCCGGUCGUGGUCGACGGGCCGUUGAUCACGGCGCGGACGCCCGCGGACUUGAUUCCGUUCUGCCACGCGCUCAUCGAAGCGUUGAUGUGAUAUAAGUACUAGUACCUUACA